AUGUCUUUGAUAAUAAGAUAUGUGGAUAUUUAUUCAGCUUCUGUUAGUAUUGAGGAAUCAUUUUUAGGAUUUUUGAAUGUGAAUGAUACAAGUGGUCAGGGGCUUUUUGAUGUUUUACAAAAUGAAUUGAAAGAACUUGGUCUCGACCUAUUUGACGUGAGAGGACAAGGUUAUAAUAAUGGGUCCAAUAUGAAAGGAAAACACCAAGGUGUGCAAAAGAGAUUUUUAGACAUAAAUCCGAGAGUCUUUUAUACUCCUUGUGGUUGUCAUAGUCUUGAUUUGGCAUUGUGUGAUAUGGCUAACUCUUGUAUUAAAGCUAGGAUUUUUUUUGGAGUUGUUCAACGCAUUUAUACAAUUUUUGCCAAUUCUACUAAGAGAUGGCAAAAUUUGAAAGAUAAUGUAAAAGGGUUGACUCCAAAAUCAUUGUCAUCCACUCGUUGGGAGAGUCGUGUAGAAAGUGUCAAAGCUAUAAGAACUCAAAUGUUAGAAUUUACAGAAGCUUUGCUUGAAGUGUCAGAAAAUGAUCUUGAUCAUAAAAUACAAAAUGAAGCUAAAUCCUUAGCAACAAAUGAGCUUGGUGAUUUUGAGUUUUUGAUGGCUAUAAUUAUUUGGUUUGAAAUAUUAUCUGCAAUUAAUUCUGUUAGCAAGCUUUUACAGGAAAAGGAUAUGCUUAUUGAUGUUGCUAUGCAAAAAAUUAAGGGGUUGAUUUCGUAUUUUGAGGGAUAUAGAGAAACAGGUUUUUAUAAGGUAUUGAUUAACGCUAAGGAAAUUGCGGUGGAAUUGAAUAUUGCCCCAAUAUUUCCUCAAAGGCGUAUAAUUAAAAGAAAGGGGCAAUUUGAUGAGAAUUUGAAUAUCCAAUCAGUCGAGCUAUCAGAAGAAGAAUCAUUCAGGUUACAAUCAUUAGAUGAUGCAACUUUGAAGUCUUGUUGUACUAACUUUGAGCAGACAUUGAAACAUAAUGAGCAAUCUGAUAUUGAUGUGAAUGAAUUUUUUGCAGAGUUGAAGUUACUAAGAGAAAUGUUGCCUGAAGAAAUCAUAAGACCUACUGAUAUAUUAUUAUUUUUAAAAGGCUUGGAUUGUUUUCCUAAUACAGUUAUUGCAUAUAGAAUCUUAUUGACUAUUCCUGUGACAGUUGCUUCUGCAGAAAGAAGUUUUUCAAAAUUGAAGUUGUUAAAGACUUACUUGUGGUCUACCGUGUCACAAGAAAGGCUUAAUGGAUUGACAUUAAUAGCUAUUGAAAAUGAUAUUUUGGAGACAAUAAAAUAUAAAGACUUAGUUGACGAUUUUACUUCAAAAAGUGUUCGUAGGAAGGCUCUUUUUAUGUAG